AGAGAAAAAAGUGAUUUUCACUCGCAUUUAUCGAAGUUGUUUGGAACUGAUUUGAAUCUGACCAAUUUGUAUUUGUCAAGUGAUCGUAUUAGUGAUGCGGGUGCUACAUGUAUUGCUGAGGCAAUGAAAGUGAACAAGACGCUAACCAAUUUGGAUUUGUCAAAUAAUGGUAUUAGUGAUGCGGGUGCUACAGGUAUUGCUGAGGCAAUGAAAGUGAACAAGACGCUAACCAAUUUGUAUUUUCGUAUUAGUGAUGCGUGUGCUACAGGUAUUGCUGAGGCAAUGAAAGUGAACAAGACGCUAACCAAGUUGUAUUUGUCAAGUAAUCGUAUUAGUGAUGCGGGUGCUACAUGUAUUGCUGAGGCAAUGAAAGUGAACAAGACGCUAACCAAUUUGUAUUUGCGAAACAAUGGUAUUAGUGCUGCGUGUGCUACAUGUAUUGCUGAGGCAAUCAAAGUGAACAAGACGCGUACCCAAUUUUUUUUG